AUGUCGGGCUGCUCGCUCGUGGCCUCUGCACUGCCAUCUCUUAUAGGGACGGCAGUUCCAACCUUCAGCUACGAUCAUUCCCAACAUAUAGUAGGCGAUGUCUUCGGUAUUCAAAUGACUUACAUGUCCGGCACAUCAACAUGUUUCGCUGGAACGAAGCCUACCUUCACGCCUGUCAUCUCGAACACCUUAGCACAAUAUACUCGAACUUGUUCAUACACUAUCUCCGGCGCCCCUGCAACCUACACCGGUAUCUUCUGUGGUAGUGCCGCUCUUACCGACUUCCCGAACAGUGGUGCUUUGACCAUCAACAAUGUUAUAGGCGGUUUACUGCCACCUCCCCUUCCUCGCGCUUAUACAGCCACAUUCGGUACAUCGCCCGCGCCCGCUACUGUCGCUACUGCAACAGCUUCUGUCACCACAACGACAACGCAAACUAUCCUUGCACCUGGUGGCGUAGUUGUAGCUACGACGACCGUCUUUACUCCUACCGGAACAACUACACAGACACAGGCCGUUACUAGUGUUGCGCUGGCUACGAGUACCGUUAGUACUUGCCCAACGAUGUCAUCCCUGCCGCUAGUGUCGUCACUCCCAUUGGUAUCAUCGCUCCCAUUGGUAUCCUCUUUGCCCUUGGUGUCAUCUCUGCCCUUGGAUACAGGCAUUCUCUCGGCUCCUAUUCCAGCCAUCACAUCGUUAGUUCUACAGCCAUCUAUACCGUUGGUCUCAUCGCUACCGUUAGUGUCGUCUCUCCCGUUGGUGUCAUCCCUACCGUUGGUUUCAUCGCUGCCUUUGGUAUCGUCUUUGCCAUUGAAUACAGGCAUUCUUUCAGGGGUCUCCUCUAUUCUAUCUGUGCCCCUGCCUGGCGCUACCUCGAUUUUGCCAGCCCCACUGCCCGGAAUUACGUCGAUUUUAUCAGCCCCGCUUCCCGGGUUCUCCUCUAUCAUCCCUGGAGAUCCUUUAGUAUCUUUGCCAGCGGUCACAUCCAUCUUAUCGGCUCCCCUACCCGGGAUCACGUCCAUUUUUGUAUCCUUACCACUGUCUUCUAUUCCCCUUGGUACAGCUUUAUCAUCGCUUUCAGGCUCACUACCUACACCCAUCAUAUCAGUCCCUAGCUCAAUUGGCCCCUUGCCAGUUCCAACCUCUAUCGUCUCCAUACCAAGCUCGAUUGGUCCCCUUCUAAUUCCGACUUCUAUUCUCUCAAUCCCGGGUUCGAUCGCGGUUUCCUAUCUGCCCAACGGCCCAUGCUAUCUGAAAUACGGACUUGGACAGCCUUAUGUCAACCCGGCUGUCUGGGGAGCUAGGCUUGCUAGUGUACCAGUUCCAUCUACAUUGCUGCCUCCAAUUAUCCCACCAGCUCAGUCUCCCGGAAGCAUUGUUCAUAUCACAACAGCCCCCGGUUCUGUUGGAGGAACAUUGACUACCAACCCAACGGUCCCAGGCUCUACUAUGGCGACCCUGAGCACCAUUCGUACCACGACUAUGUCAGCAGUCGGUCCGACAUCCAGCCCGGUAUCUUGUCCCACGUCCAAUCUAUCAACUGUGAUUGUUGGUGGAAGACAGUAUCUGAUAACCUGUGGCAUUGAUUACUUCGACAACGACAUAUCGUCUCCAUUGUCCCCUACAUUCCCUAAGUCGUACGAGGGCUGCUUGGCUGAUUGUUCAUCCACCUCUAGCUGUGCUGCAGUUGCCUACGUCAAAGGCGGUCCUUGCUACUUGAAGACUGGCACUGGCACUGGCUUCAAGAUCGACAGCACAGUCAUUGGCGCAAAGUUGAUCGGAGUCUUACCUACUUCCACAUCCGCACCCGCUACUUCCACUCCAUCCGGAACAACUGUGACUGUGACCACGACAAUCUCUAAUACCGGUUACCAGUGCGCCUGCACUCCUACUUCGUUCCCUAAACCCACCCCCGUCACGUGCCCUGCAGAUAACGGCAGCACAUAUACCACCACUUGCGGAGCUAAAUACGCUGUAGAGUGUGCCCAAGACCGUUACGGCAACGAUAUCCCCAAUGGACUUUUCUUUGUGGACAGUUACGAAAGUUGCCUUGAAAAAUGUGACCAGACGCCAGGCUGUGUUGCUAUAUCCUUCGUCCUGCGACCUCCUGGCGUCCACAGCCCUUGCUACACGAAGUAUUCUACAGGCACUAUCAGCCAGAAUCCUGAGGUCAACGGUAGUAGCAAGAUCUCCGGGUGCACAAGGCUUAAGUUGCGACGCAAGCGUGUUGUACAGCCCGCGCAUAAGAAGCAGCUUAAUAAGCGUCUAUUGUACUUGGGUCCCGACUUCACUUUUACCCAGCCCCGUGUCACGGCCACGCAAACCUCCACAGUGGGCGCGACCGUUCUGACGUCAGUAUUCUCCUCCCCUUCUUUGAUAUGA